AUGGGGGCCAAGGAGGACGUGGAGGAUGCCGAGGAGCGGCCCCUGCUGCGCCCAGGCAGCCCCUCCGCCGGCGGCGCGGGCCGCCUCACCCGCGCGGGCCUGGCCCCGCAGCUGGGCCGCGCCCUCAGCCUGCGCAGCGGCACCGCGCGUGUGGUGCUGGCGGCGGCGGUGUCCGUCGCGUGGAUGUUUGUCAGCAGCCUGCUGAUCCUGCUGAAUAAGUACAUCCUGAAGGACCUGAAAUUCUCGUGA